AUGACGCUCAACAUGGCUGCCGCGCCGCAGGGCGACUUGCCCUGGCUCGAGGCGCGGCGCGGCGGGCGCCGCUCCUGGAUAGAGGACGACGGCGGCAGCGUGGCGCGCUCCACCUUCAGCCGCACCAGCCAGGCAACCUCGGACAGGGGAGACGACUUCGAGGAGCUGAAGGCGGCUGCGCUGCUGGGAAUCAAGGGCAAGCACAGGGACCAUGUGGUGGUGCUGCCGCCGCACGCAGAGGGCCAGGGCGUCCAGGUGGUGGAUGUGCAGCACAUGGACCGGCGCUCGCAGCGAGAGCUCAUGGAACGCAUGCUGCGGCACGGCCAGGCGGACAACAUGCUGCUGCUGGAGCGAGUGGCGCAGCGCCUGGAGCGCGCGGGGCUGCAGCCUCCCACUGUGGAGGUGCGGUACCGCGGCCUGUCGGUGCUUUCCAAAAUGACGGUGGGCGACCGCGCGCUGCCCACGCUGCGCAAAACGGUGAAGCGCCAGGCAGAGCCCGCGCUGCGCGCGCUGGGGCGCGCCCCGCCUAAGACGCUGUUCCCCAUCAUCGACGAGGCCUCCGGAAUCAUCAAGCCAGGCGACUUCACCAUCCUGCUGGGCCCACCCGGCUCCGGGAAGACCACCUUCCUAAGAACCCUGGCCGGCCUGAACAGGCGGCACACCAGCCUGAAGGCAAGCGGGCAGCCGGCGGUGCAAGCGCAGGAGCUGAGCUACAACGGGCGCGGCUUUGACGAGUUUGUGGUGGAGCGGUCGGCCGCCUACGUGGACGACCACUACGGCGAGCUGACGGUGCGGGAGACCUUCGACCUGUCGGCGCGCUUCCAGUCGUCUGGCUACAAGAAAGCCGUGCUGGAGGAGCUGGCUGCCAAAGAGCGGGAGCUGUGCAUCAGCCCAGACCCCGAGGUGGACGCAUACAUGCGGGCCACCGCAGUGGCGGGCAAGGGAAAUCUUAUGGUGGAGGUCAUCAUACGCCUCCUGGGCCUGGAUAUCUGCGCAGACACAGUGGUCGGCAACGCCAUGCUCCGCGGCAUUUCGGGCGGCCAGAAGAAGCGCGUCACUACAGGCAAGGCUGGGGAGCGAGCACAAGCCUGGCGGGUCCUGCUGGGGAUCAUGCGGGCCUUCAAGAACGUGUGCCACCUGUACAAGGCGACGCUGGUGGUGGGCCUGCUGCAGCCCCAGCCCGAGACGUUUGACCUGUUUGACACAGUCAUCCUGCUGGCCAGCGGCAAGGCACGUGGGGGGCGAGAGAUGGGGGCCUGGCAGGAGCUGGGGACAGACUGGCGGCAGCCUGGGGCGGUCUGCUACCACGGCCCGCGAGAGGGCGUGCUGCCCUUCUUCGGCGGCAUCGGCUUUGUGUGCCCGCCGCGGCGCGGCGUGGCCGACUUCCUGCAGCAGGUCGCCACCCCCAGCGACCAGCACAAGUACUGGGACAUGCGCAACCAGCGCCCCUACCGCCAUGUGUCGGUGCUGAUGAUCGAGAACGCCUUCAAGAAGACGGAGCUGUGGCAGGGCGUCGAGUCGCAGCUGGCGCAGCCCUUUGAUGCCAGCUCCGCCGACCCGCGUGCCCUGGCCACCACCAAGUACGGCCAGACGUACAGCCACCUGCUGCGCACCAACUUUCGCCGCAUGAUACUCCUGCAGACCCGCAACAAGAUAUUUACCAUCAUUCGCACCAGCCAGGUGCUGCUCAUGGCCUUUGUGGUCAGCACGCUGUUCUGGCGGGAGGACAAGGGCACCGUGGAGGACGGCAACCUGUUCUUCGGGGUGAUCUUCUACUCUAUCCUGUACCAGCUGCUGGGCGCCAUCCCCGAGAUGCACCUGCUGGUGGGCAGGCUGAGUGUGUUCUUCAAGCAGCGAGACGUCAACUUCUACCCCGGCUGGUGCUUCGCCAUCCCCACCUUCCUCAUGCGUGUGCCUUGGAGCUUCCUGGAGGCAACCCUGUGGACCAACCUGGUGUACUGGCUUGUGGGGUUCAGCCCAAGCGUGCGCUUCCUCAUGCUGCAACUCUUCCUCAUCAACAUAUGGUCCGUGGGUCUCUUCCAGCUCAUAGCGGCUGUCACGCGGAAUGAUACGAUUGCCACCGCCGUGGGAUCCUUCUUCCUGCUCAUUUUCAUCAGCCUCACAGGCGCGCCGCCACGAUGCCGGGCUGGCGCCCGCAUGCUGUGCCUGCUGCUGCUGUUUGCGUGGGUCACCCGCGCUCUGGCGAUCAACGAGUUCACGGCUGCCCACUGGAUGCGCCCAAACCCCUCCAACCCGGGCUCCACGCUGGGCAUCGAUGUGCUGCAGUUCAGGGGCUUCCCCACAGAGUACUGGUGGACCUGGGCGUCUGUGGGAUUUGUGCUGGCCUCCCUGGCCCUGUUGCUGCUGCUCUUCAUCGCCACGAUGACCUUCAUCGGGGCCCCCCGGCAGCGCCGCACCAUCACUCCCGAGGCGCUGCAAGACUUCCAGCUGAGCCGCAAGGAGCUGCUCACCCCUCAGCCCUCCUUUGCUGAGCAGGACAUGGCUGAGCAGGGCAUGGUGGCGUGGCCCUCCACAGCCACCCAGGGCACCUCCAGCACCAACAAGUCGGGCCGCCUGGCAGCAGCCGACAGCGCUACGGCUCCAGGCACAGAGCCGCUGGCCGGCGCCCCUGCCGGCCCUGCCGCCGAGGACGGAGCCGUGCGUGUCACCGUGACCCCGCUCGGGGGCCCCACUGGUGCUGCUGGUCGCUCGAGCAGCUUCGAGGCGGGGGAGGAGCCCAUCAGCCCCCGCCACCUGUACCUGAUGCGCUCCAGCCAGCGCAUGAGCCAGGCAUCGCAGCAGGCCGAGGUGUACCGCCAGCGUACCGCCAUCCCGUUUGACUUCACCGCCAUCACCUUCAGGGAUGUCGAGUACUCGGUGCCGCUCCCUCCGGAUGCAGACCCGCAGCGUGCCGACGUGCCGGCCAGCGGCCCCCACCAGGGCGCGCUGCGCCUGCUCAGGGGCAUCCACGGCGUGUUCCGCCCCCAUGUGCUCACCGCGCUCAUGGGGGCCUCGGGGGCAGGCAAGUCUACGCUUCUGGACUGCCUCGCCGGACGAAAGACCUCCGGCCUCAUCACCGGCGACAUCCGCGUCAACGGCUUCCCAAAGGACCAGCACACCUUUGCCAGGGUCGCGGGCUACGUGGAGCAGACAGACGUGCACAUGCCCCAGACCACCGUGGCGGAGGCCUGCCACUUCUCGGCCCGCGUGCGCCUGCCCACCUCUGUGGAGAAGGGCAGCCGCGAGGCGUUUGUGGAGGAGGCCAUGGCUCUGGUGGAGCUGGACAGGCUGCGCCACGCUCACGUCGGCGUGCCCGGCGUCAGCGGACUGUCGGUGGAGCAGCGCAAGCGGCUGACGCUGGCGGUGGAGCUGGUGUCCAACCCAUCAGUUGUGUUCAUGGACGAGCCAACCAGCGGGCUGGAUGCGCGAGCCGCGGGGGUGGUGAUGGAUGCCGUGCGCGCCACAGUGGACACCGGGCGCACCGUGGUGUGCACCAUCCACCAGCCCAGCGCCGACAUCUUCGAGGCCUUUGAUGAGCUGCUGCUGCUGAAGCCUGGCGGGUCGACGGUCUACUUCGGCCCGCUGGGGGACGACAGCCAGGCGCUGAUCCGGUACUUCCAGGGCAUCCCGGGCGUGCGGCCCCUACCCCCCAACUACAACCCAGCCAAUUGGAUGCUGGAGGUGACCAGCCCGGGGGCGGAGGAGGCGCCGGGUGUGGACUUUGCCCAGCUGUACGCCAAGAGCGACCUGGCCAGGCAGAUGGAUGGCGUGAUUUCGCAGCACCACGAGCCCAAGGCGGGGGCCGCGCCGCCGCUCUUCAGCGAGCUGCAUGCGUCUGGGUUCGGGGAGCAGUUCCUGGUGAACCUGCGCCGCAACUUUACGAUUUACAACCGUUCGCCAGAGUACAAUCUGACGAGGGCGGCGGUCACCACCCUGAUUGGCUUCAGCUUCGGCGGCAUGUUCUGGAGGCAGGGAGACAACCGCUCCACCGUGGCGGGGGUGCUGAACAUCAUGGGCGUGCUGUUCAGCUCCACCCUGUUCCUGGGCAUCUCAAACUGCCUCACGGUGCAGCACCUCAUCGCCGCACAGCGCACGGUGUUUUACAGGGAGCAUGCGGCGGGGAUGUACCGCGUGGCGCCCUUUGCCCUGGCCCAGCAGCUGGUGGAGCUGCCCUACCUGGUGGUGCAAGCGCUUGCCUACUCCUGCAUAGUCUACUGGAUGGUGUGGUUUGCCCGGGACGCCGCCAAGUUCUUUUGGUUUUACUUCCUUUUCUUCCUGACCUUGUGGUACUUCACUACGUUGGGAAUGGCCGCAGUCAACCUGACACCCUCAGUGCCGCUGGCAAACGUGCUCUGCUCCUUCUUCUUCGGCUUCUGGAACCUGCUCUCCGGCUUCCUCAUCCCCAUCCCCGCCAUGCCGGGCUACUGGGUGUGGGCGGCCUGGAUCAACCCGGUCAUGUGGAGCAUCUACGGGAUGGUAGUCUCCCAGCUGGGCAGCUUCAGCAACGAGACCAUCACAAACCUGAGCGGCGUCACCGAGACCAUCCCACAGUUUCUGUCGGACACUUUCCAGUAUGAAACAUACAUGCAGGGCGUCAUCGUGGCGAUUCUGUUUGCUUACAUCCUGGCCUUCUCCAGUGUGGCGAUGAUUUCCCUCAAGCUGCUCAACUUCCAGCGCCGGUAG